GUGGCCGCCGUGGGAGGAGGAGCAGCACUGGCGUCCGUGUCCUUCGAUACUCGGGAUCUGAAGAUGGCUGCCCAGUCCGCGCCGAAAGUCGUGCUCAAAAGCACCACCAAGAUGUCGCUGAACGAGCGCUUUACUAAUAUGCUGAAGAACAAACAGCCGAUGCCGGUGAAUAUUCGGGCUUCGAUGCAGCAACAACAGCAGCUAGCCAGUGCCAGAAACAGAAGACUGGCCCAGCAGAUGGAGAAUAGACCCUCUGUCCAGGCAGCUUUAAAACUGAAGCAGAUUUUAUAUGCAAAUCCGGACAAUGGCUGUGGAAGGAUAUGUCCAAGCUGUGGCUGGGCGUCAGGAGGGCGGUGCCAUGCAACUAAGAGCUUAAAGCAGCGCCUGGGUAAGAGUAACAUCCAGGCACGGUUAGGCCGGCCCAUAGGGUCCCUGGCCAGGGGAGCAAUCGGAGGACGAGGCCUGCCCAUAAUCCAGAGAGGCUUGCCCAGAGGAGGACUGCGUGGGGGACGUGCCUCAAGAACCCUACUUAGGGGCGGGAUGUCGCUCCGAGGUCAAAACCUGCUCCGAGGUGGACGAGCCGUAGCUCCCCGAAUGGGCUUAAGAAGAGGUGGUGUUCGAGGUCGUGGAGGUCCUGGGAGAGGGGGCCUAGGGCGUGGAGCUAUGGGUCGUGGCGGACUCGGUGGUAGAGGUCGGGGUAUAAUAGGUCGGGGAAGAGGGGGCUUUGGAGGCAGAGGUCGAGGCCGUGGACGGGGGAGAAGUGCCCUGACUCGCCCUGUGCUGACCAAGGAGCAACUUGACAACCAACUAGAUGCCUACAUGUCAAAAACGAAAGGCCAUCUGGAUGCCGAAUUGGAUGCCUACAUGGCUCAGACUGAUCCUGAAACCAAUGAUUGAAGCCUGCUGGCCUGUGAGAGACUCUUACUCAAGUCGCCACACCUGUAAAUAAUAGCUGAGAAACCUAAUUGAUGCUGGAAGGACCUUUUGAUCAGAACAGGCUAUGGACUCAACUUGUUAUCAGUUUAUGCGUUUUGUGUGUUUCUUUUACUUUUU